AGAAAAUUUGUCAACAUGUCUGAGCAAAACAAUUUGUAUAUACUACUUUCAAUUAUUUUGCUAUUGUUUUUUACGUAUUUCUUUUUGCGCUUUUGCAUACGUGAACUGAAGCAGCUAAUAACGCCGCCAGCUAUAGCCAAAGUGCAGCAAUUGUCGCCUUUGCCUUUUGCCGGCCUAACUGAGCUGGAGCUGCUCGAAUUUGGCGGCUAUCGUGAAGAUGGACGCUUGCUGCUGAGCUUCAAGGGUGCCAUCUAUGAUGUGAGCCAGGACUUUCGCGAAUUCGGUCCAGAGGGUUUGCUGUGUGCGGCGGCGGGGCGUGAGUUUAUGGAAUAUCUGAAGGGUACGCUGGCGCCAGCCGAGGCAGAUAUCGAUAAUCUGGUGCAGCGUUGGGGACAAUUGUUUGAAAGCAAGUACGAACGCGUUGGGGUGCUGGUCGAUGAGAAUGGGGCGGAGCUAUUCGAUGCAGCUGGUGUUAGGCUGCAGCCCAGUCGAGCCAAGCCUGGACUGUUUGAUGUUGAACUAUUGCCCGAUUUGCCUGCUGCGAAUUGAACAACAACAACAACUGCAAAUUCUUAGAAAUUCUGCAAUUCAAAGAAUUAGCUUUUGACAUUAUUCGCUUGAAUUAAAACCCAUCAACAGCAAGCAACUCAACAACAGAUUCUAAAUCAUUUGACUCAUCGCUGUGUUGAAAUAUGUUCUAUAUACGCCCACGCUUCGGUAUUAGCCUUGGUUACAAUUAGUUUUAGUGCAACACCUGCCAUAAGUGGAAAUGCAAUUUACAAUUUUUCUCAUUGCUCGGUGGUCUUUUAUUUCAUUGACAACAAUUUAAAGCCAACAGCAGCAGCGUGCAAAUUAAAUGAAAUGCAUUCAAUUUCUUGGCUAGG